AUGCUGCUUUUGACAGGAAGCGUGUCCGAUAUCUUCGACGAUGAAGGAGGCCUCGAGUUUCAAGAUAAAUUAAGGAAUACUUAUGGUUCAGUAUGCCGAAUACAGGGACCAUUUGGGGCAAGCGAGCUAUGGGUUUCAGACCCGCGGGCGCUCCAAGAGAUCCUGAUCAAGGCACAUGAUUCCUUUAAGGAGCCCGAUUGGUUCACUACUUGGCUAGAGCUUGUAUUUGGACAAGUAGUUUCUACAGUCUAUGGACACCAGCAUAAAAUCCAACGUAAAUUUUCACCACAAGCCACAUUCGCAAUCACGCCUACUAUAACAGCAAUUGGGCAAAAGUUCGUCGAGAACUUGAAAUCAGAGGUUGAACUGAACGAAGCCAGCGCGGGGGUAGUUGACAUCUUCAAAUGGAUCCACUUGAUUUCCCUUGAGAUCAUUGGUCAAGCAGGAAUUGGCCAUUCGUUUGGGAUAUUGGAAGGAAACAUUCCAGACUAUCUGGCCGCUUCUCGCGACUUUCUUGCCUUGAUAAUAGAAAUGUGGUAUUUUCAUCCAUUUAUUACAUUUUUCUCUCGGAUAGGGCCUGCUUCCUUUCGUCGGGCGAUUGUAGAGUGGAUCCCACACCGGCCUGUGCAGAAAAUGAAGAGCGUGUCUGACACUAUGUAUAAGAUGGCAGCAGAGAUAAUGAAACAUAAACGGGAAGCAAUGGAUAAUGGAACCUUGGAUUCAGAAGUGGCGGCCGGAAAGGACAUCAUGACGGCUCUCUUGAGGCAAAACCUUGUCGUCGCACCUCACGACCAGAUGACAGAUGAGGAGGUAUUGGCACAAGUCAACUCUGUUCUCUCGCAAGUGAUCAACGUAUUGACCGAGCACCAGGAGGUGCAAACAAAACUUCGCGACGAAAUUGACACAGCGCAUCGUUCUCACGGAAAGAAUUUGGAUUACGACCAACUCAAUUCACUGUCUUACUUGGAUGCAGUUUGUCGAGAGUCCCUGAGGCUUCAUGCUCCGGUAUUUACGAUUCGUGUCGCAGCCAAGGACUGGACACUACCUCUCCAUUACCCUGUUAAGACCAAGGACGGAGAGUUCACGCUAUCGACAAUACGAAUCUCAAAAGGUACCACUCUGCAUAUAGCCCUUCGAGCUGCUAAUAAGGAUAAACGAACUUGGGGGGCCGAUGCUGAGGAGUUCAAACCUGAGCGCUGGCUUGAACCAUUGCCAGCCAGCGUUUCGGAUGCUCGAACGCCUGGAAUAUAUUCAUCAAUGAUGACAUUCUUGGGAGGACCGCGAGCGUGUCCAGGCAUGAAGUUCGCCCAACUGGAGAUGAAAAUUGUACUCUCGCGCCUAGUGUCGUCGUUCACGUUCGAUCCCUCCGGAGAUAUGAUUAAAUGGAAUGCUACUGGAGUCGCCAAACCGCAUGUCCAGCGACCUGAUGGGAAAUUGAGUGGGACUCCCAUGAUGCCUAUUGGAGUGACCGUGUUGGAAGAGACAGAGUAG